UCUAUUUCUACAAAUCCGCAAAUCUGCGUGUUUCCGGUGACUUGUAAGAGCUUGAUUUUAUGUCCGCUUCUUACACGAGGCGCCCGAAUCAGAUUUUCGAGUGUGCGCUCCGAAAUUAAUGCCUCCAAUCGUCGCUGUAGCCUGCGUGGCCUUCGACCCCAGAAAUGAAGAUCCGGGAGGUCGAGCCAUUACCUUGCGCAAGGAUAUGACGGACGGAUUUUCUGACAGGACUUGGUAGCUUGACACGGCAAUUUCACGAGCCAGCCGUUUAC